AUGAAGACCUCCGCCGUCAUCGCGACCGCCACCCUGGCAGUCGCGCCCUUCGCCGCCACCGCCGGGCUGCUCCCCAAGCGCGCCGAUAACGCCUCGUGCCGCUGCCUUCCCGGCGACGACUGCUGGCCCUCGACCUCGUCCUGGGACGCCCUCAACAGCACCGUUGGAGGCAAGCUCGUUGCCACGGUGCCCAUCGGCUCCGUCUGCCAUGACCCCACCUAUGACGAGGCCGCCUGCGCCGCGCUGCGGGCGUCGUGGACUCUCCCGCAGACUCACUUUCCCUCGUCGUCGUCCGUGAUGCAGCCCUACUUCGCCAACCAGUCCUGCGACCCCUUCACCGACCGCACCACGCCGUGCCUGAUUGGCAACUACGUCAACUACGCCGUCGAGGUGACGUCCGCCCAGGAUGUCGUCGAGGCCAUCAACUUUGCGCGGGACAACAACAUUCGCUUCCUUGUCCGUAACACCGGUCACGACCAUCUCGGCCGAUCAACCGGCGCCGGAGCCCUCGCCGCCUGGACACACAAGCUCAAGGAGAUCACCGUGACCCAAUGGUCCGACGACCUCUGGACCGGCCCCGCCAUCAAACUGGGCGCUGGUGUCCUCGGCUACGAGGUCACCGAGGCCGCCGAGGCCGCCGGCCUUGUCGUUGUUGGCGGUGAAUGCCCCACAGUCGGCCUUGCUGGUGGAUACAUCCAGGGAGGCGGUCACUCGGCCCUCACCACCAACUUCGGCAUGGCCGCCGACCAGGCGCUUGAGUUCGAGGUCGUCACCGCCGACGGCAAGAUCGUCACCGCCUCCCGCGCCGAGAACCCCGACCUCUUCUGGGCCCUCAGCGGAGGCGGCCCUGGUACCUUUGGCGUUGUCACCUCCGUCACCGUCCGCGCGCACCCCGACGUCGUCGUCGGCGGUGUCGGCCUGAAGACCGCGGCUAUUUACACGACCCAGGACAAGUGGUGGCAGAUGCUCGACGCCUUCCACUCCCUCCUCCCCGGCAUGACCGACCAGGGCGCCAUGGUCGUCUUCCUCUACAACAGCAGCAUCUUCGCCAUCAACCCGCUGACCGCCUACAACAAGACGGCCGAGGAGGCAAAGGCUAUCCUCCAGCCCUUCCUUGACGUCCUCGCCGACCUUUCCAUCCCCUACUCCUCCGCCGCGACCAACUACACCACCUACAGCGACCACUACAACCAGUGGAUGGGUCCCCUGCCUUACGGCCACGUCGAGGUUGAGUCCUACAACUUUGGCUCCCGCCUCGUCCCACGCUCCGUCCUGACCGACGACGCCGCCCGCGCCAGCUACAUCGCCGCGAUCCGCUACGGCGCCGACAACCACAGCGUCCUGGCCGCCGGUGUCGCUCUCAACGCCACGGCGCCCACGGGCGUCGACAACGCCGUGAACCCGCACUGGCGCAGCGCUUCCAUCCAUGUGCAGUACUCGACGGCCUGGAGCAACGCGCCCGGGGACUGGGACAAGAUGUUGGCGGACCAGAAGACCAUGACGGACGCCAUCAUCCCGCCCAUCGAGGCAGCGACCCCGGGCUCGGGCAACUACGUCAACGAGGUCGACUUCAACAUCCCCGACUGGCAGGAGAAGUUCUUUGGCAGCAACUACGACAAGUUGCUGACCAUUAAGAAGCAGUGGGACCCUCAAGGUGUCUUUUAUGCACUGAAGACGGUCGGCAGCGACGCGUGGAAUGUCGCUGCCGACGGCAGAAUGUGCCAGGCAUAA